AUGACUACUACAACUACAAGGGAAGCACCUUCUCCUCCACUCGUUCAUUCGGUUUUCCGCCUCGGCUUUCGUUUUGUAGCCCACCUCUUUUUCCGUGAAAUACAAACAACCGGCACUCAUCUUGUCCCUGUCUCCGAUCCUUGCAUCUUCAUUGUGGGGCCCCAUGCCAACCAAUUCGUCGAUGGGCUCUGCUACAUCAGCCGCAAUCCUCGUCAUUCGUAUGCCCUCAUGGCAUCGGUGUCCUACGAUCGGCCCUUGAUUGGUCAUAUCGGCAAGAUACUAAGUGCAAUUCCCGUGGUUCGACCGCAAGACAUUGUUCAUUUGGGUCAAGGAAGUCUCGUGUACAACCCCAACAAAGAACCACUUGUGCUUUAUGGUCAUGGUACUCGAUUCACUGAACAAUUGGGCCCACGCGAUUUCAUUAUCUUUGGACGCAACUACAAAGGCCAUGUGGCACGCAUUGUAUCCGACACUGUAUUGGAAAUCACGCAUGCUAUCCCUCACGCUGAAGCUGGCACCUACUCAUUCAAGAUCGCUCCUCAUGUGGAUCAAACAGCUGUUUAUGAAGAAGUCCAUGCUUAUCUCAACAAUCAUGAAUGCAUCACCGUAUUCCCUGAAGGAGGUAGUCAUGAUCGUCCUGAAAUGUUGCCACUCAAAGCUGGCUUUGCUGUGAUGGCAUUGGGUGCCCUUGCUGAGAACCCAACAUUACCAUUGAAGAUUGUCCCUGUUGGCAUGAACUAUUUUCACCCGGAUCGUUUUCGCUCACGUGCCGUUGUAUCAUUUGGACAACCUAUGACCAUUGAUCCAGAAGAGGUUGAGAAAUUCAAACGUGGUGGCAAAGAGAGGCGAGAGGCAGUGACCAGGCUAUUGGAUCGUAGCGAUGAGGCUUUUCGUACCGUCACCACCAAUGCACCUGAUUUUGAUACACUCAUGAUCAUCCAUGCUGCACGCCGCUUGUAUCAAAAUCGCAAAUUGUCUAUUCAGCAAACAGUCAAACUCAAUUGCCACUUUGUAUCUGGAUGGACAAAGCUCAAGGAGGAUCCAAAACUCGAGAACCUUGCUCGCAAAGUCAAGUUGUAUAAUGAAACGCUGGCAUUCUUUGGUAUUCGUGAUCAUCAAGUGCAACGAUUGGAUAUCACCCCUGUACGUGCAUCCAUGCUGCUCAUCAAGCGAUUAUGUACAUUGGCUCUGCUAGGUGGUCUAGGCGCUCCUGCAUUCAUUUCCAACCUGCCAUUGAUUUGGGCUAUUGAUUAUAUCAGCAAAAAGAAGCAAAGAGAGGCAUUGGCAGGAUCCAUGGUCAAAAUUGCUGGCAAGGAUGUAUUGGCAACAUGGAAAAUCAUUGUGGCCGGCAUUGCAGCACCCAUGUUAUAUGGUCUUUACGCAUUGGUCUAUUUGCGUCACCUUAUCAAACGACGACCUGACCUUUCCACCAUCCAUAAAUUGAUCAGGGCAUGCAUGGCAUGGGCUGUACAACCCAUUUUGUACUAUGUGCUAUUGCGUUUGGGUGACACUGGCUUGGACAUUUACAAAUCCAUCAAACCACUCUUUUUGGCCGUACGUAAUCCCGAUGUUGGCAAAUUACUCAAGACCAUGCGUAAAGACUUGUCCAAAGAUGUCACCGCCUUUGUUCACGAGCACAGCACGAUCUUUUUACCCGAUGAGCCCUUUUUGAAACAAGACGAUACCUCGAUACCAUCCUCCUCAUCCUCUUCAUCCACCUCCUCUUCUUCAGCCUCCAGCAGCAAGAAUAUCUUCCGCUUCAGUAAAUUGCUAGAAACAGCAUCGCCAUAG